UUGGCAACAGCGGCCUGCUGAUGAACAGUGCAUGCGGUCCCGCAAUAGAUAGCGCCGACUACGUCUUCAGGAUUAAUGUACCAGAAAUGGACCCAUAUAUUGAGGACGUCGGAUACAAGACCAAUUUUACCACGCUGAAUCCUAGCAUUUUUAAGCGAAAGUAUAAUUAUUUUGCCAACACGCAACUCACCGACAAGUUCAAUAAGGAUGUGUCUCAGUUCCAGGGUUUGCUGAUGCUGCCGUGUUUCAGCGACGACGCUUGGGUACCGAUAUGCAACCGGGCCCUGCUCCGGCUGACCCCGAAGGAGUCGCUGGGCGUCGCCUUUGGGGAUCCGGACCAGUUCUCGCUCAUCAGGGAUUACUGGGCCACUAAGGGGCUGUCCAAAUAUCCCUCUACCGGCUUGUACCUGGCAACGGCCGCCAUCGCACUCUGCGACGAGUUGCAUCUGUACGGUUUCUGGCCCUUCCUGGACUCCUCCAUGGCCCACGUCACCACGCACCCGGUCAAGUACCACUACUUCGACAACACCCACAUGGUGCGCGUCCACGACAUGCACUCCGAGUUCGAGCUGCUGACCCGCCUACACAAGGCGGGCGUGCUGCGGCUGCACAUUGAGGCUUGCUCGCCCGCCUUCAGGCGGCACACCGGCCGCUCGGAAGUGGGCGACAUGCAGGCCGCGGACGGGACAAGGCACGAGCCAGUCGACGAUCCACAGAACAGGAUCGACAUCGGGAAGCUGUGGGAGAAACUGUAAAUAUCCACCAAGGCCGAAAUAUUUGUGUUCAAGCAAGGAUCUGAAGUGCCUUAUCCAGGAAGUAUACUUAUCAGUGACUUGUAACUUGCCAAAACACUGACUGUAAGAGCAUCAGUGGUAUAAAGAAGUCACCUUACCUGAAGGUUUUGCCAAAACGGAUGUGUGGUGAUUUUGAAUGGAAAUUUGUGUAUUCUUGAAACAAUCUAGUUCAAUACUAAGUUGUAUAUUUGUUUCUAAAAAGCCGUAGUCUACUUUAUAAUGUCCUACGAUCCCCAGUUCUGGGUUUAGAGCCUCAGCGGCACAACAUAAGUCAAACAUCUUGUUGAGGCAUUCAUGGCUGUGUGUGUGUAACCGCAAAGCGACUGGACAGCAGACCACAUGCACGAGCGGCUGAGCCACUCGCCUGGUCUCCUGUCCAGUCGCUUUGCGAUUACACACACACAGGGCCACGAAGGCCUUGACGAAAGGCUAUGAACACCCCCUGCACACAGCGCCCUCAGACAGCAGUCUACCGUGUAUUUCCAUAAAAUCUUGUUUAUAGUGACGGGAUGGUUUCCAUUACGCUUCGUCUCCGUCUCAGGCUUCAUCGGUAAGAUCAGUGUGGGCCUACGGUGUUUGAAUUUAAUUGAAAAAACCCUAAUAUUUAGAUCUGUUGGAUGUUGGCCCCAGUUCGAUGCUCGGAUCCGGCACUGUCUAAGAUAUUAAUGGACAGCUUCAAAGUUAGAGACUAAAAGAUGAAGUGAAGCCUUAGAUGAAGUUUACGAAAACCCUGACAGUGUGUUCUCAGUUCAGGAGGAAGGCGUGAGAGUAGUAACCCAUUUUUUUUUCUUUCUUUUCUUCUUUUUUUUGUAAUUGUUAGGCAAUGCGCCUUCAAAGUAAAUUUUAUCAUUAUGUAGGCUACUGUAAUAUGGCCAAGACUCUGUUGAAAGAAAGUUGAAAGAAAGGCCAGUUUUAGGUGUUGAGAAUUUCUUCAUUUUAGGCAAAUACCACGCGGUAGGUAUUCAUAGUGGCUCGGGUGGGAUUGGAACCAGUUGAACUGCACACAGAAAUCUUUCUUCUUCAUAGUUCGAUUUGGUUUGGUUUUCGGGUUUGUUUGUUGCUUGCCAUUUCUGUACAAAUGUAAACUAUUCUAAUGCAAGGCACUCUACCACUGCGUCCGUUCUUUCUGCUGGUAAGAUAAAUGCAAUCAAUCAUCAGUCAAGGAAGUGUUCACCCCCUAUGUAGAGGGAUGCUUUCCCCGCCACGUUACAGCCACGCCAUCUAGCUGGUUUGUAAAUGUAUACCGGUACCUGACGGCAGACGCGCUGAAUGUUUGGACGUAUAAAACGUGUACAACAUCUUUCUUUAAUAUAAAAUACACGGCAUCGCUUUCGGUGACUUGUAGGUAUCAUUGGUGCCCUGUGAGAUUUUUUCAAACGUUGCAAAAUGUCGUUGAUGGUACGGACAUUUAGGCGCCCGACAUUAUGCAGGAGUUGUACUAAGUGUGAGGUCAAAGUAAUGCCCCGGCAUAAGACGAAUAUUGAUGUAGGUCUGGGUGUGUUUCCGUGCGUUUGCCAUACAAGUGAACAGGAAAAACAGACUGUGUGUUCUCAAAUGCCUAAAACCGAGUCAGUUUUGGCCUUUGAUCCAAAUGAUGUCAUUGAUCAAAACAGCCUUAAUGCGGCACGCCGUGCUGGUGAAAUAGUCGGCCAUAACAGUAAAACAGUUCAGUAUGCCACAGGUCUCGAUUAGUCGUCGUCAGUCAUACGAGAGAAAUCACCGAAUUCUCGGAUUCCCCUUCACAUUGCAGACUUGAUUAAGUCCACGAGGAAUGAUUUUCUUAUUUACUCAAAGUUCCAGUGGAAUGUGGCAACCAAGAGGAGAGGGUGUGCUAGCCACUCAGCAAUGUGUUUGUCCCCGGUCUAGUUCAGUAAUUGGCUGGCAGACGGGAAAUGGACGAGCAAAUGGCGCGCCGAUCAGACAAUGUGCUGUCAGCGCUGUCUCGGUCACCAGUGACCAUCGUUCCUGCAGGAGGGGGUGUACCUGUUUGAGUGAAAAGGGACAAACGAUCAUUCUCUCCAAACCUUCGGUAUCGUCUCUGAUUACAGAAUCAUUAAUUGUUAUCGUUAAUGUUUGAAUCACGCGCGGAAAGGCCUGGUACUGUGUUACUUGGCUUUCUUGUAUCAAUGUAGGCUAAGCAAUGCAUUUUUUCGGCACACUUUAAAAACGUGUGUAAAUAUUUUAACACCUUUUAAGCGUCUUCCUGGUAGCACUCUAUGAACGUGUUGCGUUGUUGGUAAUCUAAACCUAAUAAAGUUGUUGUGGUUAUUUUUUAAACAAAUACAAUAAUACGUGUUGAUAUGUUAAUAAAAUAGACACAGUGAAUAUGUGAGUGUUAAUAACAAGACACAAAACACGGUUGUCGGGUGGUAACCCCUUCUGAACACCAAAACACGUUCAUUUCCAAAAAGACUUUUAAUUUUAAAUGGUCACAUGUUUACAAUGGGCGCUGGGUUUUACACUCCAGCCCAUUAAAGCACCUGUACUCAUAUGUAUAUGUAUUUCAGUUACACUUGCAACAUUUUGUUGAGCCAUUAAACAUUUUUCUAACAACUUUCUUGCUAUCAGUUCAUUGCUAUAUUCAUGCUAAACGAGUUAGAGACAUUAUCGAUAGUGUUUAGCCAUUAAAUAUUGAUCUUCAGGAACUGGGGACUAAAAUUUAAUGUCUAUAGCAUCUAAACAUGUUGACGACAUGAAACCAAGAUAAUGAUUCCUUACUAAACACAGUUUUUAAAGUGUAACCUUAUUUUUAAUUUAUGUUUUGCUAUAUUUAUGGUAAUUUGGUGCUUUGGGGUUUUUACGAUAUGCAAAUUAUUCACGAGCAAAACUGUCAUAUUCCAGGGAGAAAGCUCCAUGUUUCACUGAUUUGUUCAUGAGUUUUUGAUAUUUUUCUAUUUUGAAUUUUUUUUCUUUUCAAUGGUAAAUCACUGUUCAGUAAAUUCACGGUAAAAAGCCAAUUAUCAACCAUCUAUCGAAAAAAUUAUGAGUUCACAGUUCAAACUGUGUACCGGUAGUACACGGCUUGUCGACAGAGGCUUUGCAUCAACACAAAAUGGGAAGGGUCAAUCCCUCGCUUACCAGUGUCAUUGAAAUAUUUCUUGUUGAACUAUUUUUGGCGGAGUAGGGCCUAAGACAACGGUGCCUAUAGGGCCUGCGAAUCAGUACAUUUGACCCUGUUUAUUCUCUUGGAGCGCAAGCAACCUCUUAUGUCAAGUUGCGAAACGAACAUUGCGACGCAUCAAAUAAGGAAUCGCAAAUUUAAAUUCGUUGAGAUAUUACAGACCGUAGCAGAUAUUAUUAACGUGAUUUUGAAUAUUAUGAAACAAUGAAAACUUAAAAGUUACUACCACGGACGUGUUCGUUUUAAUGGGUAGCUGCAUUGGAGAUUUUGAAAAAUCUUAAAAGGUUACCUUUUAUCUCUUAGGUAACCUCGUUUUCAGUUUUUGUUUCCUAGUUUCAAAGGAUAUUAACUGCCUUGUUGGUGUUUAUGCUAAUGAGUAUUUCCUUAUUUCACUAGCAAAAAUGUGAUGUCAUCCAAUGCAGGAAUAAAGCCACGAUGUUACAUUGGUUUGUACAUAAGAACUCCCACAUUUCUAAAGAUUUCAAUGGACUCAUUUUUCUUUGCGAGUCAUCGGCGUGUAAGUGCACGCUAUAGUAAGCAGCCAA